AUGGACCUAGCUUGGCUUAGAUGUAACAUACAUUAUUAUUUACGUGAAAAACUAUUUGGCAGUGCUAAGAAAAUAAUUUCACAAGCUUCCAAACAAUAUGGUGAUGCUGCUGAGUUUUUAUUUUACAAUGGUCUGGCUAGUUUACUGGAAGGUCAAAUCCAAAAGGGCAUAAGUGUAUUAACUCCUCUGCAAUCUGAACAAGAUAUUCAAUUGGCAGUUGUAAUUGCUCUCAUGUAUGGUUAUAGACUCGGCAGCCCAGGAGAGAGAGAUGUGUUGUAUAACUUAGAGUCUAAAUUAAAAGAAGAAAAAAAACAAGCAUCUGCCAUUUCUUUUUAUUAUGCAGGUUUAUUUUUAUCAUUUGCGGAAAAAUAUGAAAAAGCAUCAGAUUAUAUUAAUAAAAGUUUACGAAAAGACCCUAACAAUUUGGAAGCUAUAAUACUCAAAGGAUGGAAUGAUAUGUAUAUGAAUUUAGGAAACAUGCAAAUAUCUAUCUUAGAUUGCCUAGAAUUGGCUCUGAAUAAAAGUGAUAGGAAUACUGAGGCACUCUUAGGGUUGGCUAAAUUUAAAUAUUAUGCCAAAGAACAUGAUGCAUCUAACUUGAUACUUGACAGAAUAAUAGUUAAUAAUCCAGGUCAAGUUGUACCACUUGUAGAGAAAAUGAAAAAUGAAUUUGCCAUGCAAAAAUGGGAUGCCGUCUAUGAUACUAUGGAGAGAGUUUUUCCUCUUGAGCCUGAUAACAUCGAAACCCUAAAGAUAAGAAUUUUUACUGCAUUGUGUAAGAAUGCAGAUUAUAUUGAGGCGGCCGACCAGUUGAAUAAAUUCUUUACUGUCUUGGAAAAUGAUGAGCCUCAUAAUGGGUAUCAGUUCUACAAUACUACACAGAUAUUUUCUAGAGCUUGUGGCAGAUCGAGUGCAGUACUUUCACAAGUAUACAGAUUUGCGCAAUAUGCCUCCGAAAUGAACCCUAGUAAUGUAGACUACUUAAGUGAAGUUGGAUAUCAGUGUAUUCUUCAAGGAAAAUAUAAAGAUGCCUUAAGUUUCUUUAAGGCAGCUUGUAAGCUUGACAGCAAUUCAAUCACAGCUCUUUGUGGAUUAACACUGUGUCAAAUGAAUGAGAAUGGUCCAACAGAACAAAUUGCUCAGCAAAUUGAGCUGCUAUUCGAAAUGCAGGGCCCAAAUAAAUUACCUAUUCUGUACCAUCUUUCUGCACAGUUGAAUCUUAAAAACUCGUCAAGUGCUAUAACGUUUUUGAACACUGCAUAUGAGACAAAGAUAACUUUCGCUAAACGCAAUUCUUUUAGCUUGGCAUAUGUUAAGGAUUUAGAUCCAGAUUUUCUUUUAGAAGUAUAUAAAGAAUAUAAAAAACAUUUGCCUAAAAAACCAUCUAUAAUUGUUGGUUAUUUAAUGUAUUCCCAAGAAGCAAACAACCCUGUGGUGACACAUUGUUUGAAGAUAUUAAAUGCUGUAUGCGACGCUUGUCCUGGCUUGAUAACUGCUUUGUAUGAGUUAGCAAAACUUAAGUUUCUUUUUGGAUAUGCUAGCGAUGCUCAGAGAUUAGCUCAACAAGUUCAAGAUCUUGAUAGUACACAUGCAGGUUGUCAGGUUCUGUUAGCCCAGGUGUAUGUGCAGCAAGAAGCCUUUACGAAAGCAGCUCAGAGCUUAGAAAUGUGUUUGAGCUACAAUUUCAAAGUAAGAGACAGUGCCAUGUAUCAUUUCUUGAAUGGAGUUAUUUUGAAAAGUGCCAAUCAGCUUACUGACGCUUUGUCUAGCUUUUUAACAAGUCUUCAGAUUGCGACAAGUAAGAGUACUAUUAGUAACAUGAAUAGAGCUUUUGAAUCAGAUCUGAAUAUCAUUGACAAGGCUACAUUGUAUUUGCAAAUCAUUGAGAUACAAUCUACAUUGGAAAUGUUUGCUGAAGCGGGAAAGACAAUGCAGGAAGCAAUUCAAGAAUUCUCAUACACAUCAGAGGAGAGUCGCCUUCUAAUCGCAAGAGCAGACCUUGCACUCAAGAAGGGUGAUGUGGACAGUGCUCUAGACUUACUUAAUGAAAUCAAGCCAGGGCAACCAUACUACUUCCAAGCUCAUAACAAGAUGGCACAUAUUUACUUGAAAGAGAAGAAUGAUCGCGCAAUGUUCACUGCUUGCUUUAAAGAGAUUGUUAGUAAUCAUCCAAUGGCCGACGCGCAUACUAUGAUGGGCGAUGCUUAUAUGUCGAUUCAUGACCCUAUCCAAGCGGCUCAAGCUUACGAAGCCGCACUGAAAGGCAAUCCAAAAGAUGUUCAGUUAAUCAAAAAGCUAGGUGACGCCUUCGUAAAGAUGCAUGAAUAUGAAAAGGCUUGUCAACAUUAUGAGAACGCGAUCAGAUCUCUGAAUGUUAACGAACUGCAAUUUGAUUACUACGAACUUUUAAUGAAACUCAAGCAAUAUGAUAAGGUGGAAUCGUCAAUAUCAUCCGAACUCAAUCAAAUGUACAACAAAGAUAAGGACAUCAAUGCACUUAAGCGUCGUGUCCGAUAUCUACUCAUACAGGCCAAAAACCGGGAACUGAAAAAUCCGACUUUAGCCAACGUCAACCUCAUACUGGCAGAAGCAAGAGAUCUACAAACAUCUGUUGUUAAAAGAAUGGAGUUUGACUCAAGGGGAGAUAUACACGAAGAGAAGCAGCAGUUGUCCGAUAUACUCUGUUUAUUGGCAAAAGCUAAGUCGUUGAAGGAACCGGCAGUUGGUGCUCAGUUGUAUUCUGAGGCAUUAGUUCAUUCACCAAGAGAUCCUAAAACGCUUCUGGCAUUGGCUAAGCUGUACGCCCAUAUGAAUAAAACCGAAAAGUGCGAACAAACUUGCGGUGUUUUGCUGAACACCGAUCCGAAUAACGAAUCAGCUGCUGUCAUGAUGGCGGAUCUGGCAUUUAGAAAGGUGGACUUAGAAGCUGCUCAGCGUCACUUAAAUCAGAUAUUGUCUGUGAAGCCGAUGAGCUGGGAAGCAUUAGCGCAAUUGGUCGAAGUGCAGUGGCGCCGCGGUAAACUCAGCGAGGCUGAACAAGCUAUAGACGCCGCUAAACUCACUUUAGGGGAUCAGGAAGAUCCAGGUUACUGGUACUGUUUAGGCGCGUGCAGCGCUUACUCCGGUCGAGCAAACGCAGCGCUCCGGCAGCUGAACCAGGCGCGGCGCUCGCCCGUCUGGGGGCCGCGCGCAGCACGGCGCAUGGUGCUGCUGUGUCUGGCGCACCACGCCCCGCACUCGCUCGCCGACACCUUCCUCACCAACAGCGACGACUCUGACACUAAGAUCCUGGCGCUGAGAACCGCUGAAAAGCUUCUUGUCGAAGUAUCCCCUCUAGACCGUAAGUCCCUGCAAGCGCUUCUACAACUGGCCACUAAACAGAAACCGCAAGCCGAACGCGUCUUACAAGAGUUACUGCCACUAGCCACCGAUGACACCUAUCAGGACGAUCCGUACUUGAUAUUGGCUAUUGCUAAUGCUUACAACAUAGUAAAGCAACCAACUCGUGCAAAGAACAUAUUAAAGAGAACAGUGUCUUCUAUUCCCUGGAGCCCUGAGAGAGCGGAUGGGCUAGAAAGAUGUUGGUUGGAAGUAGCCGAUGGUCAAAUAAAUUCUGGACGAGUGGACGCCGCAAAAGAGCUCCUCACUAAAGUAUUAAAUCACAACAACUCUUGCGCAACUGCUUAUCAGUACUUAGGUUACUUAGCAGAAAAGGAACAGAAUUAUAAAAGCUCGGCUCACAACUACAACAACGCCUGGUUCCACGGCGGUAAAGCAGACCUGGCUGUAGGGUAUAAACUGGCGCACUCCUACUUAAAAUUGAAAAAAUACCCCGAAUGCAUUGUGGUGUGCCGACAUAUCCUAAAAGUGCACCCAGACUAUCCCAAGAUCAAAAAAGAAAUCCUUGAUAAAGCGAAGAAUAAUUUGAGAACUUAA